GCUGAUUUUGCAAUUCGGCUUGUACGCAUGCUAAGCUAAUUCUGAAAAACACUUCCCCGUGCACGUGAACGAGUGUGUGUAUCAAUGGAGAGCACGAAUGCAAAAUACGUGUCUCAGAAAAUCAGUAAAACCCGGUGGAGGCCAGUUUCAUCGUCUUCUUUACAACAACCAGAAGUCUUUGCUACUGGAUCAUGGGACAACGAGGAGAACAAGGUUUCCCUUUGGUCCAUAGGAGAUUAUGGGAUCGCUGGCAUGGAAGCGGAAUUUGAAGGAGAACCUCAGUUGUUAUGUGAACACAAGCAUGAUGGGGAUGUGCUGGAUCUUCAGUUUUUGGAUCAAGACAGAAUUGUCACAGCAUCAUCAACCGGAGCAGUGACCAUCUACCACCAUCACCAAAACAACGAGACAAUCUCGGUUUCCCAGUGUUGGGCGAGGGCACAUCGCUACCCUUCUGACAAUGCCCCCUGCACAGGAGUUGUGUGUAACAGUCCUGAGGUUGUCUCAGUUGGAGAAGAUGGGAGGAUAGUCCUAUUCAGAGCUGACCAAGAGGGAGUCGUCCGUGUCAUAGAAAAUGCUGAUAGCAGCACCAUUCAUGCUGCGGCUUUCCUGAGGACCACAGAGAUUUUGACAGUGAACUCCAUCGGUCAGCUCAAGCUGUGGGAUUUCAGACAACAGAGCAAUACACCAUCGCAGAUUUUUUCCUCGAGUGGCGAAAGAGUCCCUCUGCACUGUGUGGCCACCCACCCCAACCAGCAGCACGUGGUGGUGACGGGAGGGCAGGAUGGCAUGCUGUCUGUCUGGGACGUCAGACAAGGCAGCACACUUUUCUCAGUAAUGGAGGCGCACUCUGCUGAGAUGUGGGAGGUCCACUUUCACCCAACCAACCCAGACCACCUGUUCACAUGUUCAGAGGAUGGCUCGUUGCUGCACUGGGAGUCGUCUUCACAUUCAGACCUGUCCUCCUUCCUACAAGGUGGCAGGAACAGCAGCAUCAUGUCUCGCAGCGCCGUGGCCCCGGCUGGUGGGAAUCGGCCCCUCGUCAGCGCCUGGCUCAGCGGAGACUCCAGUAAAGGCAACCUGGAGACGACUCAUAUGCUCCCCAGCCACACGUUGUCUGUGAACAGCUUGGACGUGCUGGGACAGUGCCUUGUCUGUGGCACGGAUGGAGAGGCUAUUUUCGUUAACAGACAAGUCCCUGUUUAGAAAACAUGUAAAUAUGCAAUGAAAAUACACCCAAUACUUGUUGAAAUACAGGUGCUGGAAACACACAGAUUUGCUCUUCAUCACAGUUGUAGCAGCAGAAAUGUUGUGUAACAUCUGAAGUGAAGUGGGACUAUGAUGUUCCGUUAUAUGCAGAUGAAAUGGACUUUUAUUUCAUGUUUGUUUAUAGUAUAACUUCAUGCACAUUUUACUUGCAUAUUUAGUUGCGGUGCAAGUCGUGGGCCAUGUCUGACCUUCGGAUGUGACUGAAUGUUGCUAUGGUGACUUGUCAGAAGGUUAAUCACUCAGCUCUUUAGAACUGCGGGUGAAAACAUUUAAAAAAUGUCCAUUUACAUCCUCGUUUUGAAAUAAUAAAAAAAAACUCAUCAGAAAAGUACCAUAAGCCAGUGAAGCAUUCUGUGAUAGUCAACUGCUCAAGAUUGUUCACACUUUUUAAUCUUUCUGUCCAGUGCGACAGUAUUUUGGGCACUUUUCGUCUCCUUGUUUUCCCUCGCCUCAGCCACAGGGAUGCCCAAAGCGUUGUGUUAAUGGGGAUGCCCCUCAGUAAAUACAUUUUAAGGGGAAUAGAUGAAGCAUUUGCGCAC